AUGAGUUCUAAAAGCUUGAAGAUUAUCAGGUUUAUUGAUACUCCUCAACAAACUAAUGAUACGCCACCACCUGGAAAUAACUAUUCAUUCUUUACUGGUAUUUUUACUGGUUCAUCCUCACACGUAUCAUUAAUAUUCCACAUUAAAACUGAAGACAGGUCAGAAUAUUCAUCAUUGAAAAAGGGUGCGUUCCUUGAAUAUUUCGUAACGUGCUGUAUACAAUAG